ACUCGUAUCUGAAACAUCCCACCUUAGCCUUUGUGGAGUUCAAAUAACAUUUUUAAGAGUUCGCCCCAUAUUUACCAAAAAGAGCAGCUGAAGCAAAGCACUGACAGGUCAGGCAAUAUGGCACGAAGGGAACCCGUGGCUCAAGAAAACGUCACACUCCCAGGCACUGUGCCUGAAAGGGAUUUGUAUCUUCUAAAUCGUGAACCUCAAAGUGGCCUUGAACUCAAGAGAAUGAUACCAUUUGAGCCAAAGGAAUCAGACGACGAAGCCGACAAGAAAAAGUUACCCACCAAUUAUGAAAUAUGGUUUGAGUUUGUAAAUAAUACUUCGCUGCAUGGAAUUCGCUACAUCUUCUGGAGACGCCCUUUAUGGGCCCGGGUUGGUUGGUUGCUCGUUCUUUUAAUGUUCUCUGCAUAUUUCUCUUUCACUACGUACAAGUCAUUGGAGAAAUACUUCAACCACCCAAUUAACACCGUCAUUACACAGAAAUACGUAAAUGCAAUGGAUUUCCCGGCUGUCUCAAUUUGUCCUCUCAAUUCUGUCAGCAAGAAAAAGAUGUACGCUUUAGAUGGUGACAUCAAUUUUACCAAAUAUGGUUUAAACAACAGCGUAUGUGCAGCUACUGAGUCGGCGCGUAAAGGGAUACCGUGUGGAGCAGCCAUGCUCUGUUGCUGCUUAAGUUUCUUCAUAUAUGAUGGAGGAAAUCUCGUGCCAAACUGCACUGCAUCGCUCGCUCAAAGUCUCAUUGCUGCUCAACAAAAUUCUGGGGAAUUUUUCGAUUCGGUUAAGUUUUACAAAAAGUACGGACAGAGUGUCAAUGAGAUGCUUCGGCCUGAAGUUUGUAUCUUCAACGGCGAAGUUAAUGAACCUUGUGGUUCAGGGGAUUUUACACCAACCGUGACUGACUGGGGUUUAUGUCAUACUUUCAACUCGGGUCCGGGGAACAUUAAGAAAACUCAAAUUAGAGGUCCUUCCGGCGGCUUGAACAUUUGGUUAGACUCACAAACUGAUGACUACACAUUAGCAAGACUUUCAGAGGGAUUCAGCGUCGUGAUUCAUCAACAAGGAGAAUUUAUUAAUCCUUUUGACGGCAUCAACGUUUCACCAGGAACACAGGCAACAAUUAUUUUACAUCAGAAAAGGAUCGUAAACCUUCAGGAUCCAUACGAAACGAAAUGCAAAAACAAGAAACUGAAAACGAUAAGUAACUAUACGAUAACGGGAUGCCAGUUUGAAUGUCUCCAAGAGGCCAUCAUCGAAAACUGCAAAUGCCGUUUCGCAACAUAUUCAGCACCAGCCAUCAGACCAUGCGCCAAAUAUGAUGCGCCUUGUAUCCAGUACCUCACAAGCCAACUUGAUGUUACGAAAUGUGACUGUCCUAACCCUUGUAAUGAGAUGAGAUACACUACAGAGGUGUAUUAUUCUAAGUUCCCGGAUGCUGGAACAGCAAAUUUGCUCCAACCCAAUGGAGACGAAAGUACUUUAAAGUACUUAAGGGAAAACACAGUUUUUCUUCAGAUUGGUUACAAAUCACUCAGCUAUGAAUUACAUGAGCAGAAAGUUGCAUUUGGAAUUGAAGCUCUGUUUGGUGAGAUUGGAGGCAAUAUGGGUCUUUUCCUUGGAGGAAGUCUCAUGACUAUUUUUGAAUUCGCGGAUCUUCUUGUGGCCAUCUUUUAUGUUCGAGCAUUUCACAGAGAAUAUCCUACUUAACCAAGAAACAAAAUGAAACUGUCUAAACUCUUGAUCAAAGCCGACAAACUAAAUUUUUCGCUCGCAUGGAGUACAAAUGAAGAACAUAGACGGACCAUGAGAGAGAGCGAAUGUCCUCAGUUUGGUAAAUUUGCAUUAUAAAUCGAAGGCAUGGUAUAUAAUCAAUAACAAAAUGAAACUGAUCUACUCUUCUUGGUUAAGGAAAUUGUAUUCUACUGGUUGCCUGUAAAUUAAACUUUAUCCUUGAA